GACAUGGGCUGAGAUAAAGAAGCUUCCUGCACUUUAGAGACUUCUGACUCUGAGGUGCUUUGAUCGGCAGGGAAACAAAUGGGGAAGAAAAGACAAAGUAACCAACCCCGAGAUUUUUUGUGUGUAGUUUCAAUUUAGAGUUAGAACAUAACAUAAGAGGUUCAUCUUUUCUAAUUGUGGAAUCUUCAGGGGGAAAAAAAGAGAAAGAACUCCAUCUGGGUUUGUAAUGCGUCUGAGUAGCUAAAAUGGUAAAGAUGGUUCCAGAAGCAGGUACACUUCUGGGCUGAUUUUAAUCCUUCAGAAAACAGUGCUUAGUGAAAUAUUAGUGCUUUACUUCAGCGCCUGCAGGAAGGAGUUCGGGUGGAGAAGAGCUCAAGACCACAGGGGAGUCAGGCCCUGGGAUGACAGCCCCUGCUGCUCCAGCAGUGCCAACUCAGGGACGAGAACAGUGACAGGGGGUGAGACUAAGAGGCCACGAUAAACAGGAAGCCCUUAACCAAGACACACAUCGGGAAAGAAGAGUCAGAGCGAGCAGGACUCUCCCAUCUCAAGAAGAAGAAGACAUGACUGAUAAUAUCUGAGAGGAAGGAAACCGUGCGUUGAGCUGGGCCUCUGCAUGUAACGUUAUAAAAAUUGUCUUUUUUAUAGACCAGCCUCCCAUGCGCUUUCCAAAGAUGGAUUAUCUUACUUUCCUCUUGGCUGUUCUUCAUGUAUACAAAGCUUUAUGUGAAGAGAUGGUUUGGGACACAACGGUGAAAAUGGCUGAGAACAUGACUCUAAAAUGUGUGUAUUCAUCCCUGGGCGCCGUAACCCAGAUGGAGUGGUUCAAGAUCAGUACGACGGAGAAAGUGUCCAUAGCUAUUUUCAGCCCCACUUAUGGCAUGGUCAUAAGGAAACCCUAUGCCAACAGGGUUCACUUUUUAAAUUCAAGCAUGUCCCUCAGUGAUGCGACUUUGUCCUUUCAUAAUGCCUCUGAAGCUGACAUUGGCUUCUACCUCUGCUUGUUUGAUAUUUUCCCACAUGGACAUUGGCAAAAGGUGGUUCAGGUGGUUCCAUCAGAUAGUUUUGACAUCAGUGUUUCAUCAAAUAGCCACACGGUCUCAUCACCUGGAGAAAAUACCACUCUCACAUGUGAGUGUCACAUGAAGUGGCCAGUGCAAGAGGUUACAUGGGAAAAGCUCCAGUCUCAUCAAAUCGACCACUUGAUCACCUGUAACUUGUCCCACGGAAGAGGUUACACCUCAAGGCACCACAGACAAAUACUGACCAACUGCAGCCAGGAGACGACCAGGACCUUCAUCACCGUGCCCCACGUCACGGCCUCUGACUCAGGGCUUUAUCGCUGCCUCUGCAGGGGCGGCCCAGGAGAAAAGGAAACCUUCGUGAUAAGACUGACCGUAACUGAUGGUGAAACUGAUAACCAGUAUAUCUACUUCAUCGCUGGAGGGACAACUUUCUUGUUGCUGUUUGUUAUUCUACCUGCCCCUGUCAUGAUCGUCCUUUAUAACAGAAGGAGAACGAGGCGGAAAAGAGUCCAAUUUAAAGGGUCCUGGGAUACAGAGAAUAAGGCAUCCAACAACUACAGAAGUCCCAUCUCCAUAAGUCAACCGUCGGAGGGUGCAAGAGAGGAUAUUUAUGUCAACUACCCAGCCUUCUCUCCGAGACCAAACCCUAGAGUCUAAGAUUUUUCCUUGAUCUGAGGAAAAUUUUGAGGACUGUUACGUACAUGGAUCGUUAUACAAUUUCUUCCCACUAUUCAGUGUCUACCCUGAAUACCAGUUGAGCAAAUAUAUUUUAUUUGAUAAGAAAAAUACUACAUUACCUAGAGAACAUUCUUAACAGAAACAUUUCAGAAAAACCUGACUCUAAUUAGCUUAUACAAAUGAGUAAAAGGAAACUUACUGAAUCAUAUAAUCGAGCAAUCUAGGGGAGAUCAAGCUUCAGGCAAGGGUUAUUUAUCAGGGCUUAAAUGUUGUGUCUAAAAUUAAGUAUGGGCUUAAACCACUUUCUGGAUCCCCUUCCAUGGUGCUGGAACCAGUUCAUUGGUGGUAGCCGAACGCUCAUUCAGGCUUUCCCCUUGUGUUUCCAAGAUGGCUGCCAACAAUUCUUGGCAAUUCACAAUCCUUAUUUCUGUCUGGUAGAGAGUUUACUUAUCUGAUAGAACAAACAAAUUUGGUUAUUUGCCUAUCAUUAAAUAGGUAGCAUGGCCAGAAAGGAUGAAAUGGCUUCAGUCAAUUAACUCUUCACCUCUAGAGCUAGGAGUGGAGCCAAAACACAUUAGUGGGAAAUUCAGUGUAUUGUUAGAAGAGGGAAGGGGAGCCUGGAAACUGGGCUAGCUACCAACAAAUUUGGACUGCAAUGACAUUCCAAGACAUCUCUUGUUGAUCAACUGGAAAAAAAAUAUGCGGGGGGAUCUUGGUCAGCUCUCUCUUCCCCCUCUUUAAAACCUGCUGUGUCCAUGUAGUCCAGAAGAGUACUUGACAAUCGAAUAAAUGAAUAGUCAAGGGGAAAAUAUGUGUGACAGGAAAAUCUCUUCCCUUUCUGUUCUCAAAUAAAUUAAUCUUUGAUUCUAUUUGAAUUCUUGCCAGUAUCCCUGGCCUAGUCUUAUAAGCAAGUAUAGUAGAUGGUCCGGUAAUAACUUUAUGUUUUUGAUAUUGAAUUCUUUUCUACUUUUGCAAAUUAUUUUUAAUAUAUAAAUUCUAUCAAAAGCAUCAGGCACCUAGGCAUUAUUAGUUUUGUUUUCUAAAUAAUUGUGUGAAAUCUGAAUACAAGAAAAAGUUGGAAGUGGUGGUAUAGGGUGGUAGCAUAGAAAAAAUGAGAGGGAAAAGAGCAUAAAGGAGGCUCUAAGGAUCAAAGGAUGAGAAGAUACAGUGAGAAACUUGUCCUCCUUCACAGUUUGGCCAAAGACAACCUAGUGAUAUCACUAUAGGACAAUUAGAGGCCCUGUCUGCCAUUGUCCAAACUCUAGAUGGAGGCAAAAAAUGAGAAGUAUUUCUGGGACUAAAUAAUGGUUGUGAUCACCUUGAAACCACAACGGUCAUUGCCAAACAUAGUGGUCAUUCAUGUCUCAAAUAUUUUUUAAUCAUCUCUGAAAAACUCAUCACAAAAAUUAAAGUAUCAAAGUUGUAGACUUUCAUGAUAGUCUAAGUGAGCCAAAACCAAAUUCUCAUGGUGUCCUGACAAAUUCUAAGCUGUAAUUUACAAUUUUAAGCAUGUCAGUGGAUAUUUCAUGAUUUUAGCUUUAAAUAAUGUUCAUUCCAAAUAGUGCAAUUAUUCUGUGAAUUACAGAAAUUGUGAGUGCCCCUUCCUGUUUCAGAAGGGAACAAAUUAAAAUGACUACUUCCCAGUUGGACUUACUACGUACAUACAAGAAGAGUCAGCACUCAUUUUUAUUUUGUGUGCUUCAAGAUCUUUAUAUCUGGAUUUGUGAAGUGUUUCCAUGUACAGAUUAGUGUAGCAAGGUUGGAAGGCAGUUUAUAAGAAAAUGAUCUACUGUUUUAUUAACUGUACAGAUCUAUGAAAAUUUAAUGGUUGAAUCUGUCAGUUUGCAUGGUGAAGCAAAUUUACCAUUAUCUAAAAAUAGAUGACUGUUUUCUCCUAGAAUUUAACGACAAUGAAAAUGUUACUUUCUAGAAGAUUCUGAUAACUAAAGUCUCAAUGACUAAUACAGGUGAGAAGUAAAACAUUUCUACCACUGCAAUAUGGGGAAAUGUAAACACCACUUUAAAAGAGGAAAUGACGAUGGUGGGGUGUGUGUGUGUGUGAGCAGCACAACCAGAUGCCCUCGUCCUGGUGGCUGUUACUCAUGGUUCCCCAGAAGACUUUUGGGACAAACCAGUUAAGUGUUGCAAAGGCUCCAGAACAUUUGAGACUUGUCUCUUUUUCCAUAGGUGUUUUAAUUUUUUAAAAAAAAUCUCUCAAAAUAUUUAUGAGAAUGAUGAGUUCUGCUCCUUCUUCUUUGCUGUAAGUUCUUCCACUUCAGAGCUCAGGUUUUUUUCCUAAGUCUGGCAGAAAUUCUCUGACCUCCCCUGCUGCCUGUUACAUUCUCAGCUGUUAGUUACACUGAAGAAAUUCUGUUCAUUCAUUUUUUUUUCUCCCUCUGGUUUGAUUGUCUUAACAAAGCACUUUCAUUGUAGUGUCUUUAUUAUACCUAAUUUGACAGAGUUUUGAAAUUCUAGUAUAUGUAUGUGUGUGUAUAUAUAUAUAUA